AUGGCUACCAACUACUUACCUCCGGGAAUUGUCUACUUAUAUCAUCUUGCUUUCUCCGUUGUAAUUCUCCCAUGCGCAGCUCUCUGGGCGCUCCGGCACAUCUUGACGGAGUCUGGUUUCAGCAUCCCUGCGUGGCUUGUCUUCGUCGUUCCUUUCGUAUUACAGGUUAUCGUUCGCCUGGUACAUAGCUGGUACAUGGGUUUCGCCAUCCGUAGGGAUGCAGCUGCGAAAGGUGCCAUCUUCAUGCCCGGUGUUCAGGAAAGCAGUAUUUCUAUCAUGCGGCGCAUCGUGGACAACUUCAAAAAUGGAUACCCUAGCGAGGUGUUCCAAAAGCGGAGCGAACGAUAUGGAAACACCUUUUCGUUCGGCACUCUUUCCUCCAAAUGGGUCUUUACAACAGAGCCAGAGCAUAUCAAAGCGAUCUUAGCGACGCAGUUUCGCGACUUUGAAAAAGGCUCCACUGUUUUCAACGCUAUGAAAGCUCUUUUUGGUGUAGGUGUAUUUAGUAUGGAUGGUGAGACUUUUAUGCUGUUUCAUCGGACGAUGACAAAACCUUUCUUCAACAAAGACCGAAUUUCCGAUUUCGAUAACUUCGAGAGACAUGCCGUUAGCACGAUCACCCAGAUCAAAGAGAGGCUGAGGGAAGGCUAUCCCCUCGAUUUCCAGGACGUUGUUGCUCGUUUUACGUUAGACUCUGCCACGGAGUUCCUGUUCGGAAAAGAUGUCAACUCCAUAUCUGCAGGUCUUCCUUACCCAGCUGGAUCGCCAUUGGCGGAUAAUCUACAUUUCGUCAAUCAUCCGUCGAAUGCCUUUGUUAAGGCGUUUGCGAGGGCGCAAGAGCAUACCAUGGUUCGUAUCAAGAGUGGGCCUUCUUGGCCACUUCGUGAAUUAUUACGAGAUAAGGUGAAGCCAUUACGGCAAGUCCUUAAUGAUUUCAUCGAGCCACUGCUCUCUGAAGGGUACGAGAGGAAGGCUAAAGGUGUCAAGCCAGUCGGGUCCGAGAAGAACCUCGAGGACAUGACUUUGUUGGAUCGUCUCGUGGAGGAAGCUGAUGAUCCCAAAGUUGUUCAGGACGAACUUGUCAAUGUUUUGGUGGCUGGUAGAGACUCAACUGCUUCUUUUAUGACUAUGGCAGUGUAUAUGAUGUGUGAGCAUCCGGACAUGGUCACCCGCUUACGGUCCGAAAUUCUCGGGAAAGUUGGCACCAGGAGACCGACAUAUGAGGACAUUCGUGAUAUGAAGUACUUACGGGCGUUUCUCAAUGAUAUAUCAUCGCUCCUUCCUAAUGUUUCUUAUAGCUGGGUAUCCACCGUGGCAACUACCCUUCCAAACAAGGGGCGCGCACCGUAUUACGUUGCACGAGAUACGUUGCUGACUUACUCUGUGUUUCUGAUGCAUCGGCGUACAGAUUUGUGGGGACCGGAUGCCCUCGAAUUUGACCCUGAUCGGUUCCUCGAUGGCCGGUUGCAGAAAUAUCUAACUCCUAAUCCUUACAUCUUUCUACCCUUCAAUGCGGGUCCUAGAAUUUGCCUCGGUCAACAGUUUGCCUAUACCGAGGCUUCCUACUACCUCAUCCGACUCUUACAGAGUUUCUCGUCAUUCAGCCUCGCUCGGGAUGUGCAACCUGCAGAAGGCAUUCCUCCGGAAAGCUGGACCCCUACACCCGGAACGACCAAAGGCAGGGAAAAGAUUAUGUUCGGUGUACAUAUCACAAUAUACGCAAAGGGUGGGUUAUGGGUCAGGAUGGAAGAAGCGAAGGAUGGGGGAACUUUGUGA